UGCUCGGUUUCUAUCUCGGGGAGGGCGGCGGCUGAGGGGAGCUGAGGCGGGAGCUGUGGCGGCGCUGGGCGCCGCUCGCCCCUCGGCCUCCGGGGGCCAUGGGCUCUGAGAAGGACUCCGAGUCGCCGCGCUCCACAUCCCUACACGCGGCAGCGCCGGACCCCAAGUGCCGCAGCGGCGGCCGGCGCCGGCGCCUCCCCUUCCACAGCGUCUUCUCCGCCUCGGCCCGCGGCCGCCGCGCCCGAGCCAAGCCGCAGGCCGAGCCGCCGCCGCCGACCGCGCCGCCGCCGCCCACCCCGGCUCCCGCCCCGGCCCCGGCCGCGGCCCAAGCCCCGCUGCCCGAGGCGCUGCCCGCCGAUCCGGUCGCCGAGGCCGAGGAGGAAGCCGAGGCGGCGGCGGCGGCGGCGGGGCCCGGGUUCGACGAUGAGGAGGCGGCGGAGGGCGGCGGCCCGGGCCCGGAGGAGGUGGAGUGCCCGCUGUGCCUGGUGCGGCUGCCGCCCGAGCGGGCCCCACGCCUGCUCAGCUGCCCGCACCGCUCGUGCCGGGACUGCCUCCGCCACUACCUGCGCCUGGAGAUCAGCGAGAGCCGGGUGCCCAUCAGCUGCCCCGAGUGCAACGAGCGGCUCAACCCGCACGACAUCCGCCUGCUGCUCGCCGACCCGCCGCUCAUGCACAAGUACGAGGAGUUCAUGCUGCGCCGCUACCUGGCGGCGGACCCCGACUGCCGCUGGUGCCCGGCGCCGGACUGCGGUUAUGCUGUGAUUGCCUAUGGCUGUGCCAGCUGCCCAAAGCUGACUUGUGGGAGGGAAGGCUGCCAGACUGAGUUCUGCUACCACUGCAAGCAAAUAUGGCAUCCAAAUCAGACAUGCGAUAUGGCCCGUCAGCAGAGGGCACAGACUUUUCGAGUACGGACCAAGCACACUUCGGGUCUCAGUUACGGACAAGAAUCGGGACCAGCAGAUGACAUCAAGCCAUGCCCACGAUGUAGUGCUUACAUUAUCAAGAUGAAUGAUGGAAGCUGUAAUCAUAUGACCUGUGCAGUAUGUGGCUGUGAAUUCUGUUGGCUUUGUAUGAAAGAAAUCUCAGACUUGCAUUACCUCAGCCCCUCUGGCUGCACAUUUUGGGGCAAGAAGCCAUGGAGCCGUAAGAAGAAAAUUCUUUGGCAGCUGGGCACAUUGAUUGGUGCUCCGGUGGGGAUUUCCCUCAUUGCUGGCAUUGCCAUUCCUGCCAUGGUCAUCGGCAUUCCUGUUUAUGUUGGCAGGAAGAUUCAUAGCAGGUAUGAGGGAAGGAAAACCUCCAAACAUAAGAGGAAUUUGGCUAUCACAGGAGGAGUGACUUUGUCGGUCAUUGCAUCCCCAGUUAUUGCUGCAGUUAGUGUUGGUAUUGGUGUCCCCAUUAUGCUGGCUUAUGUCUAUGGGGUUGUGCCCAUUUCUCUCUGUCGUGGAGGUGGUUGUGGAGUUAGCACAGCCAAUGGAAAGGGAGUGAAAAUUGAGUUUGAUGAAGAUGAUGGCCCAAUCACAGUGGCAGAUGCCUGGCGAGCCCUUAAGAAUCCCAGCAUUGGAGAAAGUAGCAUUGAAGGUCUGACCAGUGUCUUGAGCACCAGUGGAAGCCCUACAGAUGGACUCAGUGUUAUGCAGGGCCCAUACAGCGAGACAGCCAGCUUUGCAGCCCUCUCUGGGGGCACCCUGAGUGGUGGCAUCCUUUCCACUGGCAAGGGAAAAUACAGCAGGUUAGAAGUCCAAGCCGAUGUCCAAAAGGAAAUUUUCCCCAAAGACACAGCCAGUCUUGGUGCAAUUAGUGACAACGCAAGUACUCGUGCUAUGGCCGGUUCCAUAAUCAGUUCCUACAACCCACAGGACAGAGAAUGCAACAAUAUGGAAAUACAAGUGGACAUUGAAGCCAAACCAAGCCACUAUCAGCUGGUGAGUGGAAGCAGCACAGAGGACUCGCUCCAUGUUCAUGCUCAGAUGGCAGAGAACGAAGAAGAAAGUGGUGGUGGCAGCAGUGGCAGCAAUGAAGAGGAUCUCCCCUGCAAACACCAAAGCUGUGAACAGAAAGACUGCCUGGCCAGCAAACCUUGGGACAUCAGCCUGGCCCAGCCCGAGAGCAUCCGCAGUGACCUGGAGAGCUCAGAUACGCAGUCAGAUGAUGUGCCAGAUCUCACUUCCGAUGAGUGUGGCUCCCCUCGCUCCCAUACUGCAGCCUGCCCCUCGACUCCCAGAGCCCAAGGUGCGCCGAGCCCAAGUGCCCAUAUGAACCUCUCUGCCCCAGCCGAGGGGAAGACUGUGUUGAAGCCAGAAGGUGCAGAAGCCAGAGUAUGAAGUGGAAUGAAUGCUCCUGUUCCGAGAAGCACACUUGUUAUGCACCUGCUCUUUGUCUUCCUGGCCUGUGCUUUUCUGCAAUGAGGAUGAUGAGUCUGGACAACAGCCAACCUGGAAGAUUCUUUUCUCUUGGGCAUUGCAGCCAGACUUAACACAUUUCCCUGCACCUGGAACUGGAAAUGCUGUCAGUGGACUUUGGGUCUUUGGAAAAAGGCACCCUACAGGGUGUCCAUGUGUGAAAAAGGAAGCCUGUUGGGGGAAAAAAAGGCAGACAAUCUGAAAUGCAAAUUAUUAACUCUCCACUUGCAGUUCUCUUGAAGCCUCAGGAGAGCAAUUAACUUGGAUAAAAUCAAGGAAGUCGGUUGGAGGGGCAAGAGUUUGCAGCCAAACCUGUAUUCUUACCUGGGCCCCACUUCUUAUUGCUGUGAGACUUUUGCAACUUACUCUGAGUCUGUUUUCACUUCCUCGGAAAUGGGGAUAAUGAUUCUAAUUAUGGGGUUGUAAAGAUUGAGAUGGUUGUAAAGAUUGAGACUGAAAAUGCUUUUGGUAAGAACUCAUGCUUUUUCCUCCUGCAGGAAUAAGAAAUAAGGAAAGGGAGAUAGAUUAUAGGUGUCUUCUAAGAAAAGUCCAAAACUCUAGACCAGAGGUCACGGAAAACAAUUUAUUCUAAUCCGUUGCAAUCCUCCUGUUGUGUCUUCUAGGCAUGAGCAGAUGAAAACCCUUCACCGCCACUGGGAGACCAGGAGUAAUGCAUCGGGACAGUUGGUCCAGUUAUUUAUUUUUAUUGACUUGAGGGAGGGAGAGAGACAAACAUUGACUUGUUGUCCUGACCAGGGACCAAGCCCACAACUUUGGCAUACCAGGAUGAGGCUCUAACCAACUGAGCUACCCAACCAGGACCUAGAAGUGGGUCAGUUUAGAAUGUAGGGAAUGUUUUAAGUAGAGCUUUCAUUCAUACCUACUAUGUUUCAGGUAUACUAUGCAUUAAUGGGAAAACAAAAGUCUGUCCCUGUGGAACUAACAUAGUGGGGAAAGGUGAUCAGGUGCAUAAUCUGGAUGAGGGUAAGUGCACUAAAGAAAACAAAGCAGGGAAGGUGAAGAGGGUUGCAGGUGGUGCUACUAUCCAUCUAAUUAUUUAGAGGAUAGUAUAGGCCUCUUCAACAUGGUAACAUUUUAUCAGAGUCCUGAGUGGAGUGAGAACCAUGUGAUAGCAAGCAUAAGGAAUAAAGUACAAAGGCCCUUUGGUAGAGCAUCCUUAGUCUGUUUACUUACACACACACACACACACACACACACACACACACACACACACACAGCAUACAGGCCUGUAUGGCUGGAACAAAGUGGACCAAGGAGGAGAGUAGUAGAUUAGGUUGAAGAGGUGGCUGGGAACAAGAUGUGUAGAUUAACAAGACAACUCUGAAGACAAGGAAAUGUUAGGUUCCUCUCAGGCCAGGAAGAGAUAAUCUUCGAAGCCAGACAGAUGGGCUCUUGUGGUCAACUUUCAAAGGGGCUAACGCUGAAAGGGCACGUCUGGUCACAAGUCCUACUUGGGCCAAUGGGAAGAAACUGGAUAUGGGAAAUGGAUACUUACUUAUUCCAACCUCUUUCUAAUGUACUUUUGGGGACCUAAACGGUCUCUGUGGUCUGCUAGUUAGAAUAGAGGCUUAUGGGGUAUUAAUAGGUUGAAUUGUGUCCCCCAAAAUAUGUUGGAGUCCUAAACCCAAUACCUCAGAAUGUAACCUUAUUUGGAAAUAGAGUUGUUGCAGGUGUAAUUAAGAUGAGGUCAUACUGGAGUAGGAUGGGCUCCUAAUCCAAUAUGAUUGGUGCCAUAUAAAAAAAGGAAAUUUGGACACAGAAACACAGAGAGAACACAUGUGAAGAUGAAGGCAGAGAUCGGGAUGAUACAGCAGAAUCCAAGGGGUGCCAAAGAUUGCCAGCGAAACGUCCAGAAGCUAGGAGAGAGGCAUGGAACAGAUUCUCCUAUAUAGUUCUCAGAAAGAACCAACCCUGCAGACACCUUAAUCUUGGACUUUUAACCUACAGAACUGUGAAAUAAUAAAGUAGUGUUUAAGUCA